CCCGGAUUCAUAACAACUGCUCGAAGUAGCUAAUCCGGUUAGCUUCGGUUAGCUCCGUGAUCCAGGCUGCUGCUUCAGUUUAAACAUAUACGGUUACCGGCAGUUUACCGCCGCGGUGGUGGAACCGGGUGAUAGCUGGGCGGCUAUUUUAGCUUCUACACACCGUGCGUGAGAUGACAUGACGUCAGUGGACGUGACUCUGCGUUCAGGUUGACGUUAUAUACUGUUCUGCUAGCUUGCUAAAGCUAACACAGCAACAACAACAACAACAACAGUCCUGUCAGCAGCAGCAGCGACAACAGCAGCUGGUGUAAACACGGUUCACCAGCUGUUAAAUCCAGAUGUUUGACAGCAGUAAAGACGCAGAGAUAUCAGAGAAAUCAACCUUGUUGCUGUGAAUCUGAGCAGAGAAUCAGGGAGGACUUGGAGGCUAAACGUGUUUCUUGAUGAGGAGCGUUGAGGCGUGAUGGGGAAUCAGCUGGCUGGCAUCGCCCCGUCUCAGAUCCUCUCUGUGGACAGCUACUUCUCAGACAUCCACGACCAUGAGUACGAUAAGAGCCUGGGCAGCACUCGCUUCUUCAAGGUGGCCCGAGCCAAACACCGGGAGGGCCUGGUGGUGGUCAAAGUCUUUGCCAUCCAGGACCCUUCGCUGCCGCUGACCAGCUACAAACAGGAGCUGGAGGAGCUGAAGAUCCGGCUGCACUCCUGUCAGAACUGCCUGCCUUUCCAGAAAACCUCCCUGACGGAGAAAGCCGCCAUCUUGUUCCGUCAGUAUGUCCGGGACAACCUGUACGACCGAAUCAGCACACGUCCCUUCCUCAACAACGUGGAGAAGCGCUGGCUGGCCUUCCAGAUCCUCAACGCCGUCGACCAGGCGCACAAGGCCGGUGUCCGCCACGGAGACAUCAAGACGGAGAACGUGAUGGUGACCAGCUGGAACUGGGUGCUGCUCACCGACUUCGCCAGCUUCAAACCCACGUACCUGCCAGAGGACAACCCCGCGGACUUCAACUACUUCUUCGACACGUCCAGGCGGAGGACGUGCUACAUCGCGCCUGAAAGAUUUGUGGACGGGAGCAUGUUCGCUACAGAGAGCGACCAGAACACACCGCUGGUGGACCUCACCAACAACAACCAGAGGAGCAGAGGGGAGCUCAGACAGGCCAUGGACAUCUUCUCUGCAGGCUGUGUGAUCGCAGAGCUGUUCACGGAGGGCGUCCCGCUGUUCGAUCUGUCCCAGCUGCUGGCGUAUCGUAAAGGACACUUCCAGACAGAACACGUCCUCACAAAGAUCGAGGACCGGAGCAUCAGGGAGCUGGUGGCUCAGAUGGUGCAGAGGGAGCCAGAGAGGCGUCUGACAGCGGAGGAGUAUCUGAAGCACCAGAGAGGGAAAGCCUUCCCCGACAUCUUCUACACCUUCCUGCAGCCGUACAUGGCUCAGUUCGCCAAAGAGACCUUCCAGUCCGCCGACGAACGAGUGCUCGUCAUCCGCAAAGACCUCGACAACAUCCUGCACAACCUGCGAGGAGGCUCCUCCUCCUCCUCCUCCGCCUCUUUGUCUCAGGACGGCGGCGAGUGCGUGCCGAGCUCCCGGGAGGAGCAGGGCCUCAUCGUCCUGGUGUCCGUCAUCACCUCCUGCCUGCAGACGCUGCACUCCUGCGACUCCAAGCUGGCGGCUCUGGAGCUCAUCCUCCACUUGGCGCCGCGGCUGGGCGUCGACAUCCUGCUGGACCGCAUCACGCCGUACCUGCUGCACUUCUGCAACGACCCGGUGCCGCGCGUGCGCGCUCAGGCCGUGCGCACUCUGGCCAAGGUGCUGGCGCUGGUGAAAGAGGUGCCGCGGAACGAUGUCAACAUCUACCCGGAGUACAUCCUGCCGGGCAUCGCGCACCUCGCCCAGGACGACGCCACCAUCGUCAGGCUGGCGUACGCAGAGAACAUCGCCCACCUGGCAGAGAGCGCGCUGCGUUUCCUGGAGUUGGUUCAGGAAAACAACGUGAACACGGAGCAGGACCUGAGCGGCGAGGACGCGGAGGAAACGCUCCACCCCAACGAAAACUACGACUCAGAGCUGCAGGCGCUGCACGAGAUGGUGCAGCAGAAGGUGGUGACGCUGCUGAGCGACUCGGAGAACAUCGUCAAACAGUCGCUGAUGGAGAACGGCAUCACGCGACUCUGCGUCUUCUUCGGCCGGCAGAAGGCCAACGACGUGCUGCUGUCGCACAUGAUCACCUUCCUCAACGACAAGAACGACUGGCACCUGCGAGGAGCGUUCUUCGACAGCAUCGUGGGCGUGGCGGCCUACGUGGGCUGGCAGAGCUCCUCCAUCCUGAAGCCUCUCCUGCAGCAGGGCCUGAGCGACACCGAGGAGUUCGUCAUCUAUAAAGCUCUCAACGCUCUCACCUGCAUGUGCCAGCUGGGCCUGCUGCAGAAACCUCACAUCUACGAGUUCGUCGGUGACAUCGCUCCGUUCUUGUGUCACCCCAACCUGUGGAUCCGUUACGGGGCGGUGGGCUUCAUCACCGUGGUCGCGCAGCACCUCAACGUGGCCGACGUCUACUGCAAACUGAUGCCCCACCUUAACCCCUUCAUCACCCAGCCCAUUAUCCAGAUCGAUAAGGAGCUGGUGCUGUUGAGCGUUCUGAAGGAGCCGGUGAGUCGCUCCAUCUUCGACUACGCCCUGCGCUCCAAAGACAUCGCCAGCCUCUUCCGACACCUGCUGCUUCGGCAGAAGAAGCGAGCGGGAUCCAUCCCAGAAUGCCCCACUCCUGAAGACCCGGCCAUCGCACAGCUCCUCAAGAAGCUGCUCUCACAGGGGAUGACCGAGGCGGAGGAGGACAAGCUGCUGGCGCUCAAAGACUUCAUGCUGAAAUCCAACAAGGCCAAAGCCAACAUGGGCGAGCAGAGUCACCUGGGAGAGGCGACCCACACCGGCGUCAUCGACCUGGCGACGCUCGGCAUCACCGGCCGCCAGGUCGACCUGGUCAAACCCAAAGCCGAGGCCGAGGAUAAGAGAGCGAGGAAGCACACGAAGCAGGACUCCACCAUGAACGAGGAGUGGAAGAGCAUGUUUGGAUCCCAGGAGCCGUCUUCUGCCCAGCCCAUCACGGUGGCUGAUGGUCCGGGGAGUCAGAUCAGGAAGAGCACCGCGGCCCCGUCGGUGCCUGUGUUGCAGUCAGUGGCGAGUGGCCCCGCCUACCAGCGGCGCCUCAACACCUGCAAGGCUGAGCUGCAGCAGUUGGUGCAGCAAAAGAGGGAGCAAUGCAGCGCCGAGCGCAUGGCCAAACAGAUGAUGGAGAGCGCCGAGUGGGAGAGUCGUCCUCCUCCGCCAGGUUGGCACCCCAAAGGGCUGCUGGUCGCCCACCUCCACGAACACAAAGCUGCCGUGAACCGCAUCAGAGUCUCGGACGAACACUCCAUCUUCGCCACGGCGUCCAACGACGGCACCGUCAAAGUCUGGGACAGUCAGAAGAUGGAGGGAAAGACCACAACCACCAGGUCGGUGUUGACUUAUUCUCGUAUCGGCGGCCAUGUGAAGACGUUGACCUUCUGUCAGGGGUCACAUUACUUGGCAGUGGCCUCAGACAACGGAUCCAUCCAGCUGCUUGCAGUCGAAGCCAAUAAACCACCAAAAUCCCCCAAAGUCCAGCCCUUCCAGACCAGGUCUCUGGAUCUCCAGGAAGACGGCUGUGCGGUCGACAUCCACCAUUUCAACUCGGGCGCUCAGUCCGUGCUGGCGUACGCCACCGUCAACGGCUCACUGGUCGGAUGGGACCUUCGCUCCAACUCCAACGCCUGGACGCUUCGUCACGACCUCCGUCUUGGACUCAUCACCUCCUUCACCGUCGACAUGCACCAGUGCUGGCUCUGUCUCGGGACGAGCAGUGGCACCAUGGCCUGCUGGGAUAUGCGGUUUCAGCUCCCCAUCUCAAACCACUCCCACCCUGUACGAGCACGAAUCAGACGGCUGCUAAUGCAUCCGCUCUACCAAUCGUCUGUCAUCGCUGCCGUCCAGGGGAACAAUGAAGUGUCGAUGUGGGACAUGGAGACCGGAGAUCGUAAAUUCACACUGUGGGCGAGUUCUGCACCUCCACUUUCUGAGAUGCAGCCGUCUCCUCACAGUGUUCAUGGGAUUUACUGCAGUCCUGCUGAUGGGAACCCUCUGCUGCUUACAGCUGGCUCUGACAUGAGGAUCAGGUUCUGGGACUUGGCGUAUCCUGAGAGGUCGUACAUCGUGGCGGGAGGAGCCAACGACUCACUGCACUGCCCGUCUGUCCUCUACAGCAGAAAGAUCAUCGAAGGAACUGAAGUCGUACAGGAGAUCCACAGUAAACAGAAGAGCGGCGUGGUGGAGGACUCGCCUCGCCGCGGCCCAGAAUCCCUCCCCGUCGGACACCAUGACAUUAUCACUGACAUCGCCACUUUCCAGACCACACAAGGCUUCAUUGUCACCUCGUCCAGAGACGGCAUCGUCAAGGUCUGGAAGUGAAGAAGAAGAAGAAGAAGAGCGGAAACAACACACGGCGGUCUACGGCACAGAGGAUAUAUCAGGCUUUGAUACACACACAAUUCUUGUUAGAAGAUCAGUUCAUUGUUGGUUUGAAAAUAUAGAAAAUCACCAGAAUUAUGCUUUAAUUGAGGCAACAGUUUAUAAAACAUUUUCCUCCGACACCUCGUGUUUGUCCCGCAGUCACAUAUUUAAAAAAAUAUUUUACAAGAACCAAAUCUGAUCAUAAAAAAAAAAAAACCCAAAAAACAUGAUAUCAAGUAUUUCAGUUCUCAGUUUAAUUCAAAGCCAACGAAUAUUCAUAUGAGUAUUUGGUGAGAUGUCAUUACAUAAAAAGUGAAUAAAUAACCAGCCUGACGCUGCACAAAGGCCCUGUUGACUUUAAAACUGACACAUUCAUGUCGUUUUUUCUGAAACUCUUUAUUUGCCGUUAAAAACUGUUUAUCAGCUGUUCUUUUUUUUUUUUUUUGAAUAACACAAAUGAAUUCACUCUGUCUCUUUGUUUCUUUCAGUCUACAGCAGUAGAUUUUGUACAUAAGUUAUUUUAAAUCUGAAUAAUAUAGUUUGAUCAGAAACUUGUACAAAAUAUCAAAUGAAGCAUUUUUUUGUUGCAGAAAUGUUACUAACUGCAGAUGAACCAUGUGAGCUGCUUGUUUGUCCAUCUGCUCAAUAAAAUCUGCUGUUUUGACCAGCAGCAAAAAUCA